ACCAAGACCCAGAAACCCUAACUUCAAGUUCCUCGGUUUCUUGGGCUAUUGAUACCGAUAAAGCUAAUCCACCGAUUCAAGAACCAAAAGACUUCGCCAUGGGAGAGACUGACGUGUCUUUGGUAGAUUCGAUGCUCUGUGACUCCGGUUCGAGGCUAAUACCCUCCGGGUUAACGAGAUCCGAUUCCACAGAUGAAUAUGUGAUGUUUGUGAAUGCUGGAGGGGAGGCUGUCAAUGAUGCAGAUUCCACCGUAAAAUUUCUGAAAGACACUUGUUAUGAAGGAGGGAACAUUUUGAGGACCAAUGAGCAAAUAACCGAUGCUGGAGAUUUUCCAUUCAUUUAUCAGUCAGCACGGUUUGGAGAUUUCUGUUAUCGGUUCACUGACCUUUCACCUGGAGAAUAUUACAUUGAUCUUCAUUUCAGCGAAAUAAUAAACAUAAAUGGACCAAAAGGGAUGAGGGUGUUCAAUGUGUUUAUCCAGGAAGAGGAGGUCCUAUCAGAUUUUGAUAUUUUCUCUGUUGUUGGAGCAAAUAAACCGCUGAAAUUGGUUGACUUGAGGGUCUCUGUGAAAGAGGACCGAGUGCUUGUGAUGAGAUUUGAAGGGGUUGUUGGAAGCCCGACAAUUAGUGGGAUUGGCAUAAGGCGAGCACCAAAUGCGUCAGUUCCGCAGCUGACAAAUGAACUUCUUAAGUGUGACAACUGCGACGCUGAGAUAGUAGUUCCUUCAGCUCAGAUGAAACUAAUGCAAACAAAGUCUGCAGCCAAAUAUGAGAAGAAGAUACAAGAGCUCACCACACAGUGCCAGCUUAAAGCAAAAGAGUGCUACGAGGCAUGGAUGUCAUUGACUACAGCAAAUGAGCAGCUAGAAAAGGUCAGAAUGGAACUUGACAACAUGACAUUUAAGAAACUCUCUCAAGAUCAAGCAAUGAAUAAACAAGUAGAGGAUUUGAAGGAUAUCUCUGGCAGGUAUGAGCAUGACAAAAAGCGAUGGGCUGUGGCAGCCGUAGAUUUGCAAGAAAAGAUUAAGCUUAUGAAGAAAGAGCAUUUUCAACUUUCACGUGAAGCCCAUAAGUGUGUUGAUUCAAUUCCAGAGUUGAAUAAAAUGGUUUUUGCAGUACAAGCUUUGGUUGCACAGUGUGAAGAUCUUAAAGUGAAGUACAGUGAAGAGCAAGCUAAGAGGAAAAAGCUAUUUAAUGAGGCUCAGGAAGCUAAAGGAAAUAUUAGAGUUUUUUGCCGCUGUCGCCCAUUAAAUAAGGGGGAAAUAGCAGCUGGCUGUACAACAGUUGUAGACUUUGAUGCAGCAAAGGAUGGAAGUCUUGGCAUUCUAACAGCUGCCUCCAGUAAAAAGUCAUUCAAGCUUGAUAGAGUGUACACACCCAAAGACGAUCAAGUUGAUGUUUUCGCGGAUGCUUCACCAAUGGUGAUUUCAGUGCUAGAUGGCUAUAAUGUUUGCAUAUUUGCUUACGGACAAACAGGGACUGGAAAGACUUUUACGAUGGAGGGUACUGAGCAGAACAGGGGAGUAAAUUACAGGACCCUUGAGAAACUGUUUGAUAUUGCCAGGGAAAGAAGUGGAAGGUUCAACUAUGACAUAUCUGUUAGUGUACUUGAAGUCUACAAUGAGCAGAUCAGGGACUUGUUAUCUACAUCACCAACAUCAAAGAAGUUGGAGAUUAAACAAGCAUCCGAAGGGUCUCAUCAUGUUCCAGGAAUUGUAGAAGCCAAAGUUGAUAACAUUGAUCAAGUCUGGACUGUAUUGCAGGCUGGAAGCAAUGCUAGAGCCAUCGGUAGCAACAAUGUGAAUGAGCAUAGCAGUCGAUCCCAUUGCUUGCUUUGCAUAACAGUAAGAGCUAAGGACUUGAUAAAUGGUGAUUGCACAAAAAGCAAGCUUUGGCUGGUGGAUUUGGCAGGCAGUGAGAGGCUUGCAAAAACGGAAGUCCAAGGAGAGAGACUUAAGGAAGCCCAAAAUAUCAACAGAUCCCUUUCAGCUCUGGGAGAUGUGAUAUCUGCUUUAGCAAAUAAAAGCAGUCACAUUCCUUACAGGAACUCAAAAUUGACGCAUCUACUUCAAGAUUCAUUAGGGGGUGAUUCGAAGACCUUGAUGUUUUUGCAAAUAAGUCCUUCAGACCAGGACUUGGGAGAGACUCUGAGUUCGUUAAAUUUUGCUACACGGGUUCGUGGAAUUGAGUUGGGUCCUGCAAGGAAGCAGGUUGAUACAAGUGAACUUCAAAAGAUGAAAGUAAUGCUUGAAAAAGCGAGGCAGGAAGCUAGAUCCAAAGAUGAACAUUUAAAGAAGCUGGAGGAGAGCUUGCAGAGCCUAGAGAGUAAGGCCAGAGGAAAGGAUCAAAUCUACAAAACUCAGCAAGAUAAGAUCAAAGAACUUGAAAGCCAUCUUGAGGCAAAGACAACUUUGCAUGGCCAAUCAGAGAAACAAGUCUCACAACUUUCAGAUAGACUGAAAGGAAGAGAAGAAAUAUGCUGCUCUCUCCAGCAAAAGGUGAAAGAGUUGGAGGCCAAGCUUAGAGAACGUCAGCAGUCUGAGUGUGAAACUUUCCAACAAAAGGUCAAAGAGUUGGAGGCCAAGCUUAGAGAACGUCAGCAGUCUGAGUCUGAAACUUUCCAACAAAAGGUUAAAGAACUUGAAAUCAAGCUGAAUGACCAAGUGCAAGAGGCUGAGUCUAAUGCUGCUGCCCUUCAACAAAAGGUUAGGGAGCUUGAGAUCAAACUGAAGGAGCAGGAACAAAAGCAAUGCUCUGAUAUACUUAAUCAGAAGAUUAAGGAGCUUGAGGACAAAUUGAGGGAUCAAGAGCAACAGUUCCGAUGUACGCAUGAUUACGUCGACGCAAUUAGGGCCACUCCUACUGAAGUGAAGACCUGCAUAAGAGAUGAAUUGAUGAGUGAUAUUGAGACUUAUGUUUUAAGGAGUUCACACUCACUGAACCGCCCAAUGAGUCAAGGGUCUAUGAGAGGGAAUGAUUCCAUCCAAGGGACAAGAAGGAAAAGAGAGUUCAAAAGUGGGGAGACAGAAAACAUAAUGAUGGUAUCAAAUGGUUUGAAUGAUAAAAAGAUUAGGAAAUCUGACCCGCCUAAGAUUGCAAGAAUUACGAGAACAGCAAAGCCAGCCACUACCACUCAGGGGCCUUUCACUCAAAAGAGGAUUAUCAGAGAUCAGGUACAAGGAGUUAAGGAAAGAGAUAACAAGAAAAAAAUCUGGUCAAGGUAGCGUUUUUUUUUCUUUUAAAUCGUUGUUGCCUUUCUGUGUAUAUAUUGUUUGUGUAUGCUCAUUUGAUGUGCUGAAAUUAGAAACGAAUAUGGGCGUUUAUAUAUUAACAACUAACUAUUGGUU